AUGGGCAUCUUGCUUAAACAGCCUGAAGGGACGGCCGGGAAAGCAUGGCCCUCCAUCUUGAUCAGUGGAUUUGUUGCCUUUGGUGGUAUUCUAUUCGGCUAUGAUACCGGCACAAUCAGUGGUAUUUUGGCCAUGCCCUACUGGGACAGGACAUUUUCCACCGGCUACAGAGAUGCCGACGGCAUUUUAACCAUCACUUCCAGCCAGUCUUCCGCAAUUGUCUCUAUUCUAUCUGCGGGAACCUUUUUCGGGGCCUUGGGUGCUGCUCCUAUGGGAGACUUCAUUGGCCGGCGUAUGGGACUAAUUGCUUCCACCGGCGUCUUUACUCUGGGAGUCAUUUUGCAGACUGCGGCAACAGCAAUCCCCCUUUUCCUAGCGGGACGCUUCUUUGCUGGCUUUGGUGUUGGUUUGGUCUCCGCCUUGAUCCCCCUUUAUCAGUCUGAGACGGCCCCGAAAUGGAUCCGUGGCUUUAUCGUCGGCUCCUAUCAAUUUGCCAUUACCGUCGGUCUGUUGCUGGCGUCGGUUGUUAAUAACGCCACUCAUGGCAAUAAUGACACUAGCUCUUACCGUAUCCCCAUUGCCGUUCAAUUCGCUUGGGCCAUCGUCCUGGUGGUUGGCAUGCUGAUCCUCCCGGAAACGCCUCGCUACAUGAUCAAGAGAGAUAACCACGACGCUGCGAUCCGAAACCUAGCUAAACUCAGACGUCUCUCGCCAGACCAUCCAGCCGUGCUCGAGGAACUCGCUGAAAUCCAGGCCAACCACGACUUUGAAAUGAGCGUUGGCAGUGCCACCUACUUGGAUUGUUUCCGAGGUAGUCUGGGAAAGCGGCUUCUAACUGGAUGUCUUCUCCAAGGGCUUCAGCAAUUAACGGGCAUCAACUUCAUUUUCUAUUACGGCACACAAUUCUUCAAGAAUUCUGGAUUCCAAAAUGAGUUUGUCAUUAGCUUGAUUACCAGCUGUGUCAACGUCGGUUCUACAAUUCCAGGUCUUUAUGCCAUCGACAAAUGGGGGAGACGUCCAGUCUUGCUCUACGGUGCCAUUGGCAUGACUGUGUCCCAACUUCUCGUUGCAGUGCUAGGAACAACUACCACCAGCCAGGAUGCGCUUGGAAAUAUCAUUGUUCACAACGUAAUGGCACAGAAAGCGGCCAUAGCUUUCAUUUGCAUCUAUAUCUUCUUUUUUGCUGCUUCUUGGGGUCCAAUUGCUUGGGUUGUUACCGGAGAAAUCUUCCCCCUGAAGACCCGAGCCAAGUCUCUCUCUAUGACCACCGCCACAAAUUGGCUGCUCAACUGGGCACUCAGCUUCUCUACUCCGUAUUUGGUUAACUACGGGCCCGGUAAUGCAAACUUGCAAUCUAAGAUUUUCUUUAUCUGGUUUGGCUGCUGCUUCCUCUGCAUUACUUUCGUAUAUUUCCUGAUCUAUGAGACCAAGGGAUUGACCUUGGAGGAAGUCGAUCAACUCUACAAUGAAGUUAGCUCCGCUAGAAAGAGUAUUCAUUGGAAACCAACCAUUACUUGGACCGAAAAGAAAGAGAAAAAAGCCGACGUUGCAGAGCAGGAACACCUCGAAGAGCGUAGCGAACAAGCUUGA